GCCUCCCCCUCACCAUGACAACACAGAUUUGGAGCAUCGUCAGAGGAGCGUUACAGACUCUUCGCUCCUGAAUUAGAGACGGUUUAAAUGAAACAUAUCGUGUUUAAUAUAGAUUAUCAAUGAUAUUUAUUUAAUGUAGGAGCGAUAUUACUUGAUGCGUGGAGCCCUCAUGUGUCGGAGAACAGCCGGAGGCAGAGGGAGACGCUGUUUAACUGCGUGAACAACAUGGCUCUUCCUCAGCAUCCCCGGCUGUUGCUGCUCGCUUGUGUUGUUGUUCUUCUGGGCGCAGUUCAACGCAUCCACGCCACUCGGUCUUUGCCCAUAUCGGACCUGAAAUCCAAAAUAUCCGGGGUGGAGGAGCUCCUGGAGCAGUUCCGCCAGCAGCUGCAGCAGGACCAGGCGCACAGCAGGGGGGGCGCCGAGGUGAGCGACUCCUGUGUGGGCGACUUUAACGCCGAAGGGGAUCGCAUCAUCAAGACCAGGGCCUCCAUCGAGCAGGGGGCCACCUUCCUGCUGGCCCCGGACAGGGUGUACACCUGGAAGGACUGCCUGCACGCCUGCUGCUCCCAGCCGCACUGCACCGUGGCCGUGGUCCAGGAGGACCAGAGCCAGCCCGGGGACAGUCUCAGCUGCUACCUGUUUAACUGCACCUACAGGAACAAACAUGUCUGCUCCUUCGCUCCGCAGCAAGGCUUCUCCACGUACAGCCGGACUGCCAACACGACGCUGGGACAACUCCCUGUUUCAUCCGGCGGCUCAUCCAGGAGCCCCGGGGAGGGGGGACACCCGGAUGAGGAUGGUACACAAGAAGUGGAUGAGCCUCCUCGCAGUGAUGCUGGACAGGAUGUGGUGAUCCAGCUGCCCACAGACUGGGCCGUGCUAGAUGGACGGGACAGCGUGGACGACCACAGGAUCAGCCACUAUGAAUGGACCCUCGUCAGGGGUGAAACAGCCAUCAAUAUGAAAGCGACUCAUCCGGGCCUGCUGAAGGUCAGCGGUCUGCAGGAGGGCGUCUACACCUUCCAGAUGACGAUCACUGACACAGCGGGGCAGAAGAGCUCCGACAACGUAUCUGUCACCGUGCUGGCACCGAAACACCAAGCAGAAGUCUGUACGGGUCACUGUUCAAACUAUCAGUUCAAGUGUGAUGAUGGCUGCUGUAUCGACAUCACCUUCGCCUGUGAUGGGAAGCAACACUGUCCAGACCGCUCCGAUGAAGACUUCUGCCCAAACUUCGACAGCAGCAGGAAGACAGUCACCCACACUGCUGAUCCGCCGAACCCUCGUCGACCUGUAGCGCAGACGGAGGAGUCUGAGGACCUCUCCAUGAUCCAGACUGGAUCCAGAAAGACCGUAGAGAGCAUUGUACCCCCUCAGGACAGGAGCAAGUCCACUCCUCCACAGAGUCCCAGUCAACCAGAGGCUGCAGCCAGUCAAGAUCCGUGUGCUGCAGCUCCAGUCGUUGGACCCUGCACAGGAAACUUCCCUCGCUGGUACUACGACCGAAUUGCAGGAGAAUGCAAACACUUCCUGUACGGCGGCUGCCAGGGCAACCAUAACAACUUCCUCCAGGAGUCUGACUGUGUCAGUGAAUGUAUACAGAAGAGUCCAGCUUUCAAACCAGCGACUGUGGCUCCUCCCAUCACCAAACAGACUGACAUAGCUGCCCCUAAAGUCUCACAGAAGCAACCAGAGACUGACGCCCCCAUCUCCAAACCAUUCCCAGUAAUGGGAGGGCAUCCAGGACCAGAGUCGGGUGCAAUCCUUCCUCUGGCUCUCGGCAUAAUCAUCACCGCUCUCCUCCUUCUCAUGAUUGGCUGUCGUCUCAGACUUGUUCGUCACAAGCUUAAGAAAGCCCGACCGUUGACCACAGAGGAGUCAGAUUACCUCAUCAACGGCAUGUACCUGUAGCCAAGCGGGCUGCUGGUACAUACAGCAGGCAGCAAAUACAAGAGGAACACGGAUCAUGUCACCAGAGACUGAGACAGGAGCUUUUGAAUUUGCACUCUGAAUUUCUCGCCGCCUGUUUCUCUUAUUUGUCCUCACUUUGGAAAUAUCACAACGCUCUGCUGUCAUGAACAAUUCUGAACAUCCUAACAUGGAACCCCCUUUGCUGCUGAUAGACGCUGCCUUCAAAGCCAAUGACACAUAUUCAGAUUCAAAUCAUAUUCAUACUGUUGUCUUAACAAAAUCUGAUUGUAAAUCUAUGAUGUAAAAGUCAUAAGACUUAUGGACAGCUGUCAAACUCCCUUAUUAACUUCUUGGAUGCAGUUAAGAGUCCCUUCUGUCUCCUGUACUUCAAACGGGUUACUUUGAUGUUAUUUUAUUCUAAAUCAACAUUUAUUUUUUUGACUAAGGCGGCACAAAAAUGUUGCAUUUUUGCCACUGGGUGGCACUAAUGUGACAUAUUUGUACUGUACAGUUCACCCAAGAUAAAUAUAUUAUUAAACACAAUCUGAGUACUUCCUGUAGUGCAACUUAAAGGUUUUUUUUGCAGUACUUUAAAGCCAUAACAAAUGAUAUUAAUGUCUACAUUUUGUUGCGUUUCUUUAAAAAAGCAAACUUAUGUAGAGUUGUAUUAUAUUGCACACGUGUAUUCCAUCAGAGUGCUGUCUUUUAUGUGACAUAUUAAAGUUUAUUAUAUAUCA